UACACAAAUUUCUACUUCUUUUCAAAUAUCUAAAAUACUGAUAAAACUAUCGUGACCAUAUAUAUAUUUAGAGGAUCUUCUUCUAAGCCUCGUUUCCAUGCGGAAGCUAUUUUUUUGCGAAAUUUUAAAUUAAAAAAACUCACACAAAGCUACUCAUUCAGAAAGGUUAUCAUACAAAUUUGAAAACAACUCACGCCGUAGUAUCAGCUGAUAACACUUAGGUCUUGUCCUUAGGUUUGGUACCGAAAAGUGGUCUGGUCCAUGGACUACCACAGGCACAGACCACGCUCUAUUCCCAGUCCUUCCAGGGAGAAAUCCUGGAGCGGUUACACAGGCAGGUCUCUGAAGGCGAACAUUUAAUUAAUAAUUUGAAAAACGUCCCGUUUUUGGUGCGAUAUGGAGAAGAAAAGUGGAUGGCUGCAGAGAUUUGUCCCUCAAAAACCUUCAGAUUACUUCGCAUUUGUUUUUAUGAUCGUGAUGCUGUGGAUUAUAGCAAUCUUCGAACUCUUUGUUGUGCUGCCUAUCUACCAUGCGCCAUUUUCAACAUGGUACUGUAUACACGUGUUUUGUGGAUUCUUCUUAUGGCUGAAUGUGUUCGCCAACUUUUACAUGCUGAUCACGACAGAUACAACAGGAAGGAACCUAGGAAUGCCAUCUGUGCUGAAGCCAGGCUGGUCUUAUUGCCCUUAUUGCCAACUUAACACCCCUGCGAGAGCCCAUCACUGCCAAGUGUGCAACGAGUGUGUUUUGAAGCGAGACCAUCACUGUAUUUUUGCUGGCAAAUGUGUUGGCUUCAGAAACUACCGUUACUACAUGUUUUUGGCCGUAUAUCUCUGGCUAGGAGCUCUUUAUGCCAAUUUUUUUCAUCACGAAUACGUAACUGAGGAAAUCGGUGGUUUCGGCUUUUGGACAUUGCUUACUUUGUUUACACCCAUCGUGAUGUGGUUGUUGGGUUACACCACUGUUUAUGGAUUUUUCAUCUCCUUCAUCAGUGGUCUUUCUAUCUUCGCGUUCAUGCUUUUCAGUACAUUGUUGUUUUUCCAAAUUGGUAUCAUUUUUCGCGGUCAGACGUCAUACGAGCGAAAAAAGAAAAAGAGAGAGUACGACCUUGGCUGGAAACAGAACUUUCUUGACGUAUUUGGAAACAAGUGGUACUUGGCUUGGAUUUGGCCUACUGUGAGCUCGCCUUUACCGGGAGACGGGACAAAUUACAAGAAAACUUAUCCCGAUGAAGGCAAGGACCUAUGAGGCUGACAAAAAAUACUCUUUUUUAUUGUUUUCUAGUAGACCAAACAUCCAAGAUGUUUUUGUAACUUUAGGGUAGCCAAUUUGAUAGUAGAAACCAUUUUUAAAUACAGUGAAACCUGUAUUAAGCAGACCCCAUAUUAAGUGGACACCCUCUAUUAAGUGGACACCAGCUUAAGUCCCAAAAUUUUCUUCCCACAUUUAUUAUGAAAUAAACCUGCAUUUGGCGGACACCACUUUAAACAGACGUAGACACCAAUAUAAAGCCAUUUUGAUGCACAAAACCUGUAAUAAGCAGAUACUUCAAGUGUUCAUUUUACUCCUAAAGGUUCAACUGAGACUCUGUAACAUUGUUCAGCGAUAUCGUUUUAAAGCUAAGUGAUUAUUCUAGAUUGAUGCAUUGAUUGACUGGACAUUGUAC